AUGAACAAGAGACCGAAAACAUCUUCUGGGGAGCGAGUUCACUUGAGUUCCUCUAUGGACAUGUCUUCUGCAUCACAGCUAGAACAAUCGAAACCCUUAAUGGAGGCAGAUGUUCAGUUCGAUUCUUGGGCAGAAAAAGCAAUGCGCAAUUUCAUCUUUGAAGUUGGACUUGGGCCUCGUUUUGUCUACUUGACAUCUUUCAAGGAGAUGCUUCAAACUGUUCACAAUAGGGAUGUUGAAAUUCCUACGUAUGAAUCCAUGCUACGGGAGGAACUAAAAGAAACUCAGCACCGGGCAAUGCAACUCAAGCAAGAAUGGAAAAAAAGUGGUUGCAGUAUUAUUAUGGAUAGUUGGAAGAGCCGAUGUGGUACAAAAAGCUUCAUAAGUGUUUUGGUGCAUUGCAGCAAAGGUAUGUAUUUCCUCAGGUCGAUCGAUGUCUCUGGAAUUCUCGAGGACAUGGAUGAGCUAGCUUCAGUGUUUUCUCGUGUGGUUGAUGAUGUUGGUGCCUGCAACAUAGUUCAAGUUAUCAGAAAUGAUGCGUCACCACAUAUGCGAAUGGCAUGGCAUUAUGUGCAAAAGGAACAUGACCAUUCAUUCUUCGUCCCACCGUGUGCUGACUUUUGCAUCAACCUUCUGCUUGAGAAAAUUGCAGCAUUUGAUCACGUCAGUGAGGUUCUAAGGAAGGCAAAGGAAAUAACAAGGUUUAUAUAUGGCAAUGUGCUGGCAUAUGAACUGGUAGGGCGGUAUAUUGAUGACGGUGAGAUCCUGAGCAAUUCUUGUUUGAAAUCUGUUGCAGAGUUCAUCACAUUAGAUAGGUUAGUUUCUGUGAAAGAAAAUCUAGUUGAGAUGUUUAGCUCACCUGAAUGGGUUUCCUCUGAUCGGUCUACUAGAAUGUUUAACCCACUUGAUUGGAUUUCCUCUGGUUUCUCUACUACUACAAGUUUGUUCAGGCAUAUCUGUGGCAUAGUAAAGACAGAUGGUGCAUUUUGGUGUGCUGCUGCUGAUGUUUUGAAGAUUACAAAACCAUUUAUUGAUGUGUUGCUUAAACUAGAAUCUGAGGACUGUCCAAUGGGUAUCUUGUAUGACACCAUGGCAAGUGCAAAAGACAUAAUGCACAAUCUUGGAGAUAAAUAUGGUGAUAUUUUGCAUUGGGUUGACGAGAUAUGGUAUGGUUACUUGCAUUCCCCACUCCAUGCUGCUGGUCAUAUGCUAAACCCAAGGGUCUUUUACAAAGAUCCUUCCUGUGAUGAUCCUGAGCUCAGCGGUCGUAUUGAGGCCUGCACAACCGCAAUUGCAAAAGGCCAUUAUGAUCCAGGGAGACUGAAAGCACAAAUUGAAGUAUAUAAAGGAAGAUCAGGUUCUUUUGGUUCAGAUUCAGCAAUUCAGCAAAUAGUGGAGACACCACAAGUUACAGUUGUUUGGUGGUCGGCGCAUGGGACAGACACGCCUGAGCUGCAGAGCUUCGCCACUCGGGUCUUACGCCAAACAUGCUUUGGCGCUAAAAGAUACAACAUCAGCAGGCAGGUAUUGGAGGAGGCGCAUGAGACGAGGGGAGCUGAUCUCGAAGAGCUGUACCGUGGGCUGGAGUACGCCCACCACAACAGGCGUUUUGCCAGCGCUGCACCACUCAUAGGCGGUCUUUCGGGGGAUCAGUGUGGUAAACCUGGCAGGAAGCUGGGGAGCGACUGGUUCCUGUAUCCGCGGCACCGACAGCAUAUCGUAAUCGGAUCAUCGAACACAUAG